UACCGAUCAUGUGCCAUGGCGGCCAUAACUGUCGCUGGAGCGUUUCCUCCCUUAGCUUAGCUUUAGCUGCUUGCUGCAGCGUCAGUCAACAUGUCGCAGUCUUUAUCAGAGGAAGAGUUCCAUCGGAUGCAGGCUCAGCUAUUGGAGUUGAGGACUCAGAACUACCAGCUGUCUGAUGAUAUCAGGAAGAACAGUGCAGAACUGAAUGUUGUCCGUCAGAAGAACAUAGCUUUGGAGAGAGAUUUUGUCAAAGCUCAGAAGGCUCUAAAUAAGAGCAAGAAAGCUCAGGAGGUGGAUGCGCUGCUGAGUGAGAAUGAGAUGCUUCAGGGGAAACUCCACAGUCAGGAAGAAGAUUUCCGACUUCAGAACAGCACCCUGAUGACUGAGCUGUCAAAGCUGUGUACGCAGAUAGAGAAGCUGGAACAAGAGAAUCAGGGUCUGAAGGAAAAGAGAGACACACCGGUAGUGACGGCCGCUUCCAACACCAUAGACGGAGAGCUGCUCCACCUCCAGGCAGAGAACUCCACCCUCCAUAAGAAGAUGAAAGCCCUCCAGGAGCGCUACGACAAAGAGGUGCAGCGACAGACCACAGUGACUGAUGGCACCACUGAUGUUAAACAGUGGGGGGAAGAGCCAGUGACCGAGGCAGCUAGUGAGAGACUGCAACAGACGGAGGCUCAGCUGGAGCGAACAGUCAUACAGUCGCAUGAGCUGGAGAUGGCACUGACCACUGAGCAAGAGGAGAAGAGACUGCUGAGGGAGCAGAUCCACCACCUGGAGGCAUCCAAACAGACAGAAAUCACCAAACUACAGGAAGAACUCACCAAGGUUUCAGACAAACUUAAGAAGAAGCAGGAGAGUUUUCAGCGCUUGCAGGGCGAGAAAGAAGCUCUGUACAACGACAGCAGGACAAAGAUCGAGGAGAUCAACCAAAGAAAAGGGGAAGAGCUGAAAGCCAUGAAUACUCGCAUCCAGAAACUGCAGUCAGACCUCAUGACAGCCAAUCAGGUAACAGCAGAUCUGAGAGAAGAACUCCAGAGCAGAGGGAGAGAACAUGAGCUGGCAUUACACAGCCUGAAAGACCAGGUAGCCAGUCAGAGUGCAGUCAGUCAGGAGCACGUGGACAACAUCCUGCAGGAAAACGAUGCUCUGAGGACUAACCUAGCUGCUCUAGAACAGAUCCAGACGGCGAAGACGCAGGAGCUGAAUCUGCUGCGUGAGCAGCAGGAGGCGCUGUCCGCUGAGCUGCAGCAGAGACGGGGAGAACAUGAGAGUCUGUUGGCUCAGAGAGACGACCUGAACUCUCAGCUUCAGGAGUCCAGUUUUGCUAACAGGAAGCUGUUGGAGCAGUUAACAGAAGAAGGUCAGGAGAAGAACAAACUGCUGAGGGAGCUCGACGAGGCCAAAAAGACGGCAGAGAAGAGGAAGACUAUGUUGGAUGACAUGGCCAUGCAGUUGAACCAAGAGAAGUGUGACCACAAGGAGGCGCUGUCUAACCUCAAGCUGCAGCAUGAGAAGGAGGUUCUUGGGGUCAGGGCUCGGUAUGAGAAGGAGCUCAGAGGACUCCAUGAAGAGAAGAAUCGGUCUGAGGAGGAGAUCCGGCAGCAGCUCCGAGAUGAAAAGGCUCGGACCAAAGAUCUGGAGGUUCUGCAGCAGCAGCUGGAGGAGCUGCAGGCGCAGGUUCAGUCCAUGGAGGGAACUAAAGGCUGGUUCGAGAGAAGACUCAAAGAGGCAGAGGUCAGUGUCAGAACUCCGAAACCCACCACCGCUGU